AUGGAUAAUGGAGUGGAGUUGUUGGCUAAACUUCCAAAUCCAAAUGCAGGACCUGCUCAUUAUACCACUGCAUCUGAGGUUGCGACAUGCCAUUUUCUGCGAGAAAUAUUUAAUAUACCAGUGCCUCGGAUUCUUGCUUGGUCCUCCGAUGCGUCAAAUCCUGUUGGCGCAGAAUAUAUCAUUGAAGAAAAGGCCUCUGGUGUCCGACUUGGUAGCCUUUGGAAUCAUUGGUCGCGGGGCCCAAAGCUCAAGAUAAUUACUCAAAUUGCGCAAAUAGAGGAUGUGUUGACUUCCAUUAGUUUUCCGAAGCAUGGAUGCAUCUACUUUAAAGAGGACUUACUCGCGUUGACUGGAGUUGCGCCAGAUCUGUCUGUUAACUCGUCUGCUGCUCCUGAGAUACUCUAA